AUGUUACGUUAUAAUAAUAUACGGAGUCUACAUGUCUCUGCAAGAUUAUUAAGAGGUCAAAAUUUAACCGAAAAAAUUGUUCAAGAACAUGCUGUUAAUUUAACUAAAGGGAAAACGGUACAUACAGGUGAUUAUGUUUCAAUCAAACCUUCAUUUUGUAUGUCUCAUGACAAUUCAUGGCCUGUUGCUUUGAAAUUUAUGGGUUUAGGUGCAACAAAAAUUUUUAAUCCACGUCAAAUUGUUAAUGCUUUAGAUCAUGAUAUUCAAAAUAAAUCUGAAAAAAAUUUAACUAAAUAUCGUAAUAUUGAAAAUUUUGCAAAAAAACAUAAUAUUGAUUUUUAUCCAGCUGGUAGAGGUAUUGGCCAUCAAAUUAUGGUUGAAGAAGGUUAUGCUUUCCCAUUAAAUUUAACCGUUGCUUCUGAUUCUCAUUCAAACACUUAUGGUGGUAUUGGUUCCCUUGGGACACCUGUAGUUAGAACUGAUGCUGCUGCAAUUUGGGCAACUGGUCAAACUUGGUGGCAAAUUCCACCUGUGGCUAAAGUUGAAUUAAAGGGUCAAUUACCAUCUAACGUGGCAGGUAAAGAUAUUAUUGUUGCUUUAUGUGGAUUAUUUAAUCAAGAUCAAGUAUUAAAUCAUGCAAUCGAAUUCACAGGUGAUGAAGCCAUUAAGAAUUUGCCAGUUGACUAUAGAUUAACAAUUGCUAAUAUGACUACUGAAUGGGGUGCUUUAUCAGGUUUAUUCCCUGUUGAUUCAACUUUGAUUGAUUUUUAUAAGAAAAGAUUAGAAAUAGUUGGACCAAACCAUCCACGUAUUAAUGAAUCAACUAUUGCUGAAUUGGAAAGACGUUCUAAAUCAAUGAAACCAGAUUCUGAUGCUAAUUACGCAAAGACUUUAACUAUCGAUCUAUCAACUUUGACUCAUUAUGUAUCUGGUCCAAACAGUGUUAAGAUAUCUAAUACAGUACAUGAUUUAGCUCAACAAGAUGUCAAGAUUAAUAAAGCUUAUCUUGUCUCCUGUACAAAUGCUCGUCUUUCAGAUUUAAAGGCUGCCGCUCAAGUGGUUUGUCCAACCGGUGAUAUUAAUAAACUAAACAAAGUCUCUCCAGAUGUCGAAUUCUACAUUGCAGCUGCUUCCUCAGAGAUUGAACAAAACGCUAAGGAUGCCGGCAUAUGGCAAACUUUACUAGCUGCAGGUUGUAGACCAUUACCUUCUGGUUGUGGUCCUUGUAUCGGUUUAGGUGCAGGUUUAUUGGAAGCCGGUGAAGUUGGGAUUAGUGCCACUAAUAGAAACUUUAAAGGUAGAAUGGGUUCAAAGGAUGCAUUGGCUUAUUUAGGGUCUCCUGCCGUGGUUGCUGCUUCUGCUAUCCUCGGUAGAAUUGGCGCUCCUGAAGAAGUCUUUGGACAAAAGAUUCCAUUCUCUGCUUCUGGUGUUAAGACUACAUGUGAAAUUACACCAUCUAAAACUGAAAAUUCUACCUCUGCUACAACCACAACAACAUCUACUUCCGCUGUUGAGAUCCUUGAUGGGUUCCCUAAUGAAAUUGCUGGUGAAUUAGUUCUUUGUGACGCUGAUAAUGUUAACACUGACGGUAUUUAUCCAGGUAAAUAUACAUACCAAGAUGAUGUUCCAAAGGAAAAAAUGGCUGAAGUAUGUAUGGAAAAUUAUGAUUCUGAAUUUGGUAUGAAGGCUCAUGAAGGUGAUAUUGUUAUUAGUGGUUUCAAUUUUGGUACUGGUUCUUCAAGAGAACAAGCCGCUACUUCUUUAUUAGCUAAGGGUAUUAACCUUGUCGUUGCUGGUUCCUUCAGUAAUACUUUCUCUAGAAACUCUAUCAACAAUGCAUUAUUGACUUUAGAGAUUCCAACUUUAAUUGAAAAAUUACGUGCUAAAUAUGCUGAUGCUCCAAAGGAAUUGACUAAGAGAACAGGCUGGUUCCUAAGAUGGGAUGUUCCUAACGCAAAAGUCAUUGUCACUGAAGGUUCUUUAGAAGGUCCAAUUAUUUUAGAACAACAAGUAAGCGAAUUGGGUAAGAACUUACAAGAAAUUAUCGUUAAAGGUGGUUUGGAAGGCUGGGUUAAGUCUAAGUUGUAG